AUGGAUGGAAAACUCCUAAUUGAACUUCUUGAAGGUCUCACAGGCCCUCAGAAUAAUGAUGGACAGUUACAAAACGCGUUAUUAGAACGAUGUAUUAAGGCGUCGGGAUCGGAACUGAAGGAAUUCCUUGAUGAGCUAUCUCAACUUUUAUGUGAAUCUCCUAAUAUUUAUUUACCAGUUCUGCAACUCUUCAUUUCUCAUCUUCGUGAUGAAUCUUCACGAAUCAUUCGACGCCGAAAUUUGCAAAAUACCGUACUUCUCGAUUUCUUUUCAAUGUUAAUCACUAUCGUCAUCAUGAACAAUCUACAUCACUCUGAUAUUCUUGGCUUUAGAGAGAUCCUUCGUGAAUGUAUUGAACUUCUCUGGAAAUGUCUUGACGAUAAACCUUCUUCUUCAGUUAGUAAUAAAAACAAUAAUCAGAUCAAGAUGACAACAAAACGUCUUUUCUCCGCAAUCUUGAACGCGAAAGGUGUUCUUGAGGUUUUGUUAUCGGAAUCUUCCGGUCGCUACUGUCUUAAACGUAUUCUUUUUGAGUUCAACAUGAUCAAUGAAAUUGAACAAAACGAUCUGUUGAAUGCGGUGGAUAUGGCUGCUUCUCUUCUAAAAAAAUGCUCAAAUCACAAGAACGCUUCAUCUAAGCUUUCAGAUGGGGUUUCUAUUUAUAAGGCUUGCGCAUCUUUGUUAGAAUCUCUAAAAAAUCAUCAGAAUACCAAAAACUUCGAAAGAAACUCUCUACCACCAAAUUUACUUGAGAUGGUUGAGCUUAAUUAUGAGAAAAUCGGUAACAGAAAACGAUCGGUCAGUAACUCCGACGAGUUAAAAUUUUUAGCCAAAGAUGAAAAAUAUAUCAUAUUAUUAGGCAUGGAAACUCCUCGAAAGCUAUCAGAUUUGCCCAAAUUUUCACGUGAUCUUGAGAAGCGAAAGAUAAAUUCCUUUAAAGAUUGGAUAGGAUUUUGGCCUUGUGAAUAUUGUCACAAACUAGCCCUCAUUAAUUUUUCUCCUGAAAAAUAUUCUCAUUUAAUGGAAGAAGAAAAGACUGCAGAUGUCGAAAAUGAAUUUAAACAAAAUUUCCGUCUUCCAUUCGAAUUCGAUGAUUCAGACAAACUUGGGCCAUGGGACAUCCUACUUAGUGAAGAUACUGUUAAAGACAUGCAAAGAUUGGAAUCUCCUUUAGUAACUAAAGCAGUCAUGAAAGUACUUGGGCGUAUAUCAUCUGGUGAAUGGGACAAACAUAAACUUCAAAAUAAAAAGUCUCCUCACGAUAUACCUGUCUAUGAAGUGGAACUUUCUGAUAAUAAAGGCCUAAAGAUUAUUUGGCAGAUUGAUUAUGGAUUUUCUAUUCGCAGUUAUUCGCUUACGCAACUUGUGAAAAUUUGGUCCAUCACAAAAGAUCAGAAUCAGAUUGAUAAGAUAUUAGUUAACCUUAAAAGUGUUCAUAAGGUUUACGCUCCUGAAAACAAUUAUCGAUACGAAAUUCAAAAGCCAUGCAAUGGUAUCAUUUUACCAAAGAAUUUUGAUGAUAAUGAAGGAACAAGGUCCACUAAUGACGGGAUGAGUGGUACCGAGAUGGAUAAUGAGAAUUUGCUAGAGGUCCACAAAAUGCUUGUUACAAAUAAGUUUAUUCCUUUAUCACAGAAUUUAUUUAAGUCACUUAUCCUAGGUGGAUCUGGUUUCACUUUCAAUGUAUCAAAGAUUGAGUAUGAAAUAAUUAACAAUCCUACGUCAGCAAUUAUCAUUGGUCGGUCAGGCAAAGAGGUUAAAAUUGUUAUUUACUAUCCUAAAAAUUUAUCAAUUCUAGGAACUGGUAAGACCACAUGUAUCGUAUUUAGACUGGUUGCUUCAUAUCUGAAUAACCAACUUUGUAAAACACCAUCUUCGCGUAAAAAUAAUGGGAAUUCAUACAAAAGGCAAAUAUUCAUCACUGUAAGUCCAAAUCUUUGCCGCCGAGUAAAGGACUACUUUAAACGGUUGCGAGAGUCAGCAGAGUUUGCUGGGAAAAAGAUGUCAAUGGCUGAUUUUAAUGAGUACGUAAGAAAGAAAGAAGAGGAAGGAGGAAGUAAUGAAGAGACUGAUGAUAAUGACUCUUACUUUGAAGAAGGAGAUGAAGAGGAAGUAGGCUCAUUCCGUGAGCUGACAGAUAAAGAUUUCCCAUUAUUUAUUACCUAUAAGCAGUUUACCAGAAUGCUGCUGGUAACUUAUGGAAUUGAUAUUCAGAAACAGCAAAAAACAAUUGCGGAAGUUGAUGACGUUGAAGAUGAGGAGGAAGAAUUCAGUCUUAAUUCCCUUCCAAAUCAACCAAAAAAUUCAUGGUUUCACUUUGUUGACUAUGAUCUCUUUUAUGAUAAGUACUGGCUUCAUUUCAGUGAUUAUUAUAGAAAGAAACUGGAUCCCGGGCUGGUUUUUUCUGAGUUCUUUGUUAUUAAAGGUACAGAUCCCGAUGUAGAAUACCUUUCAAGAGAGGACUACCGGACCAUCAGCAUUAGGAAAUUCCCAGUAUUCCGUUAUAAUCGUGAUGAGAUUUAUGAUUUGUUUGAGCGAUAUGAAAAGAUGAAGGCGCGAAAUCGUGAUUAUGAUUCUGUGGAUCUAACAUUAGCCAUCUUACGGGCAGCAAAAAUUAAAGCACUUGGAGACCCACAUAUUCAUGAAGUGUACGUUGACGAAUGUCAGGAUAAUCAUAUCAUGGAUUUAGCACUUAUUUUGAAGCUUUUUAACCGUGUUGAUAACGUUUUUAUGGCCGGAGAUAUAGCACAAUGUAUUGCUCGAGGAUCUUCUUUCCGAUUUCAAAACUUAAGUACCUUAAUAUAUAAAUGGGAACUCGAUCGGACCAAUAUCAAUCACAAUCAAAAUAAUACUGUGGUACCAAAACAAUUUGAAUUAAACAUAAACUACCGUUCUCACAAUGGAAUUUUACAGCUUGCAUCAUCGGUGAUUGAUCUUAUCCAUCACUUUUUUCCUGAUUCCAUUGAUCAUCUUUCACGUGAGCGAAGCGAGGUUGGUGGUCCUCGGCCUAUCGUUUUCAAAGGAUUUCAGGCUGAAACCUUUCUUUUCGAUGUCUUUUCUGUUGAUGAGCGUAUGCCCAAUUGUAGUGAAUUUGGUGCUGAACAAGUCAUUAUAGUACGUAAUGAAGAAGCUAAAAAGAGUGUGGGCAAUGUCGGAAUUGUGAUGACAGUGUUUGAGGCUAAAGGCAUGGAGUUUAAUGAUGUCCUGUUGUAUAAUUUCUUUACUCAUUCACCUGCACGUCAAAAGUGGCGAUUAAUUCUCUCUGCUUUGGAUAACCAUUCUAAAGGCAUUCAGACCUUUUCUCACGAGAAGCAUUAUAUCCUUUCUUCGGAACUCAAACAUCUUUAUGUUGCAGUAACCAGGGCCAGGCAGCACCUCUGGAUUUUCGAUGAAGAUUCAGAGUUGAGCGAACCAAUCCGAAUAUUCUGGGGUGAAGAUGGCUGGGAUAAAAGUGGAUUGAUCAAAGUGAUUCAGAGUUUGGAGGAACUCAAUACUUUACCUACCUUAGCAAAGAAGAGUAGUUCACACGAUUGGAAUCGAAAAGGAAAGUUGUUCUUUGAACGGCGACAGUAUGAACUGGCUAAAUUAUGCUUUAGUAAAAGCGGGAAUGAAAUGGGGUUUAAAUUAGCCAACGCGUAUAAUCUUCAAAAGAUUGCCAGGUCAUCCUUAGCAAGUAAUUCAUAUGAGGCAAAUGUCAAGUCUAAUUUCAUUUCUGCCGCCAAAGCUUUCGAAACGUGUUCACGACCGGUUCAGGCAGCUUCAUGUUAUAAGGACAUUGGCAUGAAUAGAGAAGCUGGAGAUGUAUAUGAAAGAUGGGAUAUGUUUGAAGAUGCUGCAUAUUGUUACCUGGAGGCCAAGGCGUUUGAUAAAGCGGGUAAAUGUUUUGAAAAAGCAGAGAAGUACACUGAUGCUGUUGUUGCUUAUAAAGAUGGUAGUUUAUAUAAAGAAGUGGUCAAUUUGAUGCAGAGACAUAGGGAAAGAAUCGAUGAGAAAAUAUUUCGCCGUAUUACUCGUUUUGUCAACAUAUAUUAUCGUCGGGAAAAUAAUAAAGUAAUGAGCAAAGAGGCCCUUUCUAUUCUUUCAACUCAUGAGGAGCAAAUUGAGCUUUUGAGAGAUCAUGCACCAGAAGAACUUCUGAAGGUUUGUGAGGAGCGUGGUGAAUUCCAAGAUGCUGCCAAAGAACUACACUUGCGUGGUAAGUUCAAAGAGGCCGCCGAUAUGUUCAUUCGUUCAAAUGACGAGAAGGAUAUUAUUGAAGCGUUACAAUGUCUCUUGGAUCUAUGCAAAGCCAAUAUACUUAAUAUAAUAACUGAUACCAUGAACCAAAGUAUUUUGGAGGAGUUAAAAAGUCUCUGUUUAAAGGCGAAUGAGAUCGUAAAAUUGUCAAAGUCAUCGAAAAGAUCUGAUAAGUUGAAGAUCUUAAUAGGAGAGUUACAGUUAUACUCCGCCUAUUUAAGUGAUGAUCUCGAUAGAGUUCGCAAAUGCAUACAAUUUUUCAAAGAGAAUGAAAAGGUUGACACAGAGUUUCAUGGGAUAAACAUGUGGUUAAAAAUAGUCCCACAAUCUUAUUAUGAGUCUGAAUACUGGCAUGAACGAUUGCAAUACCUGAUAAGACUGUGGGAAUUGUCCAUUCCUUAUAUAUGCGCCGUGACUAGACCUCACAAUAUCAGGAACAUUUCGGAAAUCUACAAUGAUUUCGAAAAAAUUUUUUUAGUUUGUAAUGACAAAACCCGUUUAAAUAAGCGGAAAAUUUUAACUGAACAUCCUUUCAGACAGUGUAAAAGUGAGAUGGAAGAUGCAGUAGAAAAUAUUGAUAAUUGGCAUGUUUACGAAAUAGAUGAUAUACACCAGACGAUCUUAAAAAUCUUUGCACCGUAUAUCUUCGAGCUCAUCUCGGACGUCAACCAAAAGGGUAGAGAAAUUCGUGAGAUAAGUUCUCAUAUCUGCCACAAAUUUACAUCCUGUCUAAGGCUAAAUUGUCAAUAUUAUCAUGUGGAACCAACUCCAUCAGUUCUGCAUCAACGCGCGACACUUGCGCGCCUCCAGUACACUGUUAUACGACAAUUGGAUAUGUUGUAUCAUCGUAGACUUCUUAAAGAUGAGCAAAGUGUAGAAGUUCGUGGCAUACAAAGGUGGUGGUCUGAAAAUCUGAUUAAGGUUCAUUUCCGCUAUCAAUCGCCGCAAACAAGUUGCUCAGAGGUCACUUACAUGAUGAUCGAUAACCUUACUUAUCAAGCGUGUAAUGGGCUUAAUGAUCUUGCUCGUAAGAUAUGGUUAUCUAAACUGUCUAAAGAUCCCUGGGACUUUGCGGUCAUGUUAAAAUGCAUGUUUGUUUUUCAACAACUGCGGAAUGAAUGGGGUAUUGAAGACUUUUCUCGGGAGAUGUCUAAAAGAAUCACACUUUCACAUCCCGAAAAUAUACCUGUUGGUUUCAGUUACUUCUAUGGAUAUUAUCAAGCAAUUCCAGUUGGAAAGCGACUCUCAUUAUUCUUUUACUUUCUUUAUUCUAAUUACAUAAUCAAAGCUAUCACACAAUUAAAACUAUUUAUUCAGUGCGCGAUAAAUAAUUAUGUAUUAGUCAACUUAAAUAGCACGGAUGCUUUUGGUGACCUUGUAUCUCUUAUGGAGUUUAGAGUAUCUUUGAUUUUUGCAAUUGGUCCUGGGUAUUGCGAUUUUUGCCUUCCUCGGUCAUAUCUAGUUAAUUAUUUUGAUGUAUUCACUGCAGAGCCGCUUGUUCUUCAAACUAAAUACUGUUACAGAAGAGAUAAUUAUUGUUCUGAGAUUAGGUAUUCCAUAGAACAAAUUCAAAAACUUCUUGAAUUGUUGAUUCGUGAAGAUGAACGAUACUACUUGACAAUUAUCCUUCGAUUGAUACGACUCUUGGUUCUCAUUGGACGAAAUGAAUCCAGUUCUUCAUUCAAAGUCAUUUCUCUUUUCAAAAGCCUAAUUAAAAAUGAUCUAGUACACUCUGGAAAGGUUAAGAAAUACUUAGAGGAGAGUAAUAUAUUUCGCCUUGUGAACAUUCUAAAAGAUGACCUCAAAGAAACAGGCUGUGAUUCGCUAGUUAUAGUCCAUUAUCAGUGGGGUGGCAUAACAAGAUUUCAGGAUUUGGAAAAGUCUGGUGGUGUGAUGCUUAAAUAUAACUCUGUCGAGAGUUUUCAUUCUUCCCUUUGGAAGAUUGUAUCAUCAGUAGUUACUGAAAAAACUUCUUUAGCGAAUAAACUCUUAUCACAACGAGCUGAUGUUAGUGUACAAAAUACCGAUUUUAUUGUUGGUAAAGAGGAUGAUGAUAAUGAUAAUGAUGAUAGUGAGGACGACGAGGAUGAUGAACAACGGUUUACAAUUUCUAGAGAGGUUUCAGAAGUGACCACAAAAAUUCAAGUCUGGUUUCGCCAGGUUCAAGAAGAUCCUCGAACAUUAAAAGCAGUUAAAAGGAUUCAAUAUUGGUUUCGCAUGACUAACGAACUACGACAAACACCCAAUCAACUUGUUCGUGACAAAAUUCUAGAUAAGAUUUACAAUGAUACAAGAAAUUUCUGCUGGAACAAAUCCUACUGGAAAGAUGCUAUUAAUCAUCAAGGGGCAGAAAUAGUGCGCACGUAUAAUAUGCUUCUGAAAGGUUCGACAGUAGAUAUAGUUGUGGAACUGACUAAGCUUCAAGAUAAAAUGGAUAAAAUUAAAAAUCAAUUGCAAAAAACAAUUAGUGAUCGCUCUAUAGAUGAUGUGAAACUUGAAAGUUGUUUGAAUUUGGAGGAUGAUUUAAAGCAUAUUCAUUCUGAGAAUGUUAAAUUGGCAUUAAAUUCAUUAUUAAUGACUGAAGAUUCAACAAAACAUAAAGAAGCAAAUAUUGAAUGGUUAAAAGCUGAAUUGGAUCAGGCAGAAGUAAUUAUUAAUCAGGUUUUAGGAUGGAUAGAAGAAUGCAAAUUUACUAUUAAAUCUAAAUGA